GAGGCGGAAACGCGGAAGCAACAUUCCACGUCACUUGAGGUGGAUUUAGCGCGAGCGAGCAAGGAUUCUGACAGGAGAAUUUAGCGCUUGCUUUGACGUGAAACUCGCCGGAUGUGAUGCCACGAGCAUUUAGGCUUUACGCUCAAACUGACAGCGAACGGAAUAUCUGCGGGUUGUAAGCGGAGCAUUCAAGAGUGUCUGAUUUGGUGCUCGAUCUACAUGGGCGAAUCAGGGUCACGGCGCUCCACCCUGGUCUCCAGGCUUCCCAUCUUCAGACGUAGUGUGGGAAAGAGACAGGACUCGCUCCCGUCCUCGCCCUCCUCUGGUGGUGUCGGCAAUGGCGUCCACACUUCCUCUCCCUCCAGCACGAACUCCAGCUCCAGCAGCACAGGCAAACGGCGCAGCCUAUUCCGCACUCCGUCACUCAGCUUCCACAGCAAGAGACACAGCGACCCGACCCAGCUCAGCCUGGACAAUAGCAGCCAGGGGUCUGAAGUCAUCUUUCGAGAGAGUUGCAUCUCAAAGACACGGCAUUCGUUCGGAUUCGGCGGACACAAGAAGAAGAUCCCCCGAUCUCAGACGGAAAACCUUGAGAAAACGUCGGCCAACCGCAGUGUGUUUAUUAACUGCAUCAGCUCACGGACGAACGAGGGAGAUGAUUCAGGGUUCCUCGAUGAGGUGAGCAGCAAGAGGUCUUCUAAGCAUAAGAAGAUGCUGCCUAAGUCCUUUUCAGCUCACCAACGAUUUUCCAAGAACUCUUCCAAUGUUCUGGACCAGGGUAAAGGUCAGGAUAGCACAGAAGAUCCUCCUAAAACUGGAACCCCAGGUUCCUGGCCUGGAGAAUUGGCUGAGAGUUCUCUACAGUCGCCCAUGAUCUCAGAAGACCGCACCACAGCAAUCACGCCAUCAGAUUUUGUUCACGCCACCGAAGACUCUGUCUCGGAAGUGGACGCUUUGCCGGCUCCCAGUCCAGCUGCUCCACCCGAAAACUUUAGCCAAGCUGUUUCUACCUCGCAGGUGUCCAUCACCCCAGCCCAGGCCACCACAGAAAAGCCCUUACUGCCAGAUACCAGCCACACAGCCAACACGCAGUGCGAGAGCACAACUGCCCGUACGGAACCAGUAACGCUGCAAACAGUGAAAGAGCUGACCCCAAACACUAAUCCUAAUGCAAACGAUAACCCUGACCAGUCAGAGGCCAGUGAGAUUGAACAAGCUCCAGAAUUGAGUGAGGAAAGUAGUUCCAAUCCAGACACUCGUGAGAGGAGGUCCAGGAACGCUGUUCUCAUCCAGCAGGCAGGAAGGUCAUCGGGCCUGAGCAAACUGGAGACCAGGCCAAGCCACCUAAGAAAGCCACACACAGUGUCCAUGUGCAGCAGCGUGAGCCCAUACCAUGAGGUGAUGCGCAUGGAGAGACGUCUACGGUCGGCCUCUGAGGGCGCAGGAGAACCCAGACUUCACCUCAAUCUCAGGGAUCCUCACUGCAUGGAGGGCCACACUUUAUACAAGCAGAGAACCAGUUCCUCAUCUUCUAAAUUGGGUAGCCUGGAUGUUUUGAAUAACCUUGGCUCGUCUGAGUUGGAUGAGGAUGACCUGAUGCUGGAUCUUGACCUCUCUGAUGACCAGCGAGCUCACCAUGCCUCACAGGAAGAUUCCAGUCAAUCCUUUGCAUCAUGCCUCAACCUGCUGCCCUCACCCCUGGAGGCCUCCACCGACCGGACCCCUGGAAGAGAGCCCAGGGAGCCCCCACUCAGGGAGCAGCGGCCGAUGUCUCUCUGUCUGUCUCGUGAUGAUGAAACUUUGGCCGGGCUGGAGGCGUUGCCGUUCAGGCUGAUGCAGCAGGACUGCACAGCGGUAAAGACUCUUCUGCUGCGGUUACGCAGGACCCUGCAGGAGAGCACUGAGACCAGUCCUGCCAGCAGCCUUCACUCUCUACCCAUAAGCCCCUGCAGUGAGAAAUCACUCCCCUUUAAGGAUCCUGUGAGAGAAGAGAACCAGUUCCUACAACAGCAGCUGAAGGAGAAAGACGAGCUCAUUGUACGACUCCAGACUGAAUUGGAAUCUACCCGUGCUGCUCAGAAAUCUCUUUGCCAAAAAGCUGACAAAAGCACUCAGACAGAUUUCUUACUCUCAGAGGCAAUUCAUCCAAGUCGACCCACAGGCCAAAACAUCAACAUUCCCAGCAGCAGCAGCAACAGCAGCCUCACAAGAAGGGUGUCGCGAUUGCUCGCUGCAGACCAGCUCAGUCGACCAAUUGAAGAGAGGCCUUGCAGCAACGGGGGAGGAGGCGUGCGGGAGCUGGUACGAAGAGCUGAAGGUGGGCAGUCCUUGUCUGAGGUACCUGGACUACGGAAGACGGAGCACCUGGGACCGUCUCAGAUCCCUCGGGCGGUGGCCGGCAGCAGCGUGAGCCUCCCCAGCAAGGCCAGUCCCUCACGCAGCCUGUCCUCGGACAGCGAGCGGGGGCUGCGGAGCGAGCGGGGGCCUAUUCCCAGGCUUCAGUCCUCCUUUACCGGCCGUCUGGGUCAGCCGCCCCGUGGCCCUCUGUCUUUACACAUGUACAGCCGAAAGAACGUCUUCUUACAGCACUCUAUCCAUACAGCUGAUCUGCAGGCUCUUGCUCAGCAGGAAGGUUAAAAACACACACACGCACAGUGACACGAGCCUCAGAUGGAUAUGAACUCUUGAUGCAGUUCCUCAGUGACAACGAGUACCUUCAGACCCACAUGCACUCAGUUACCUUCUAGGCUAUUUUUCCUCUAAAACCUCAAACGAACUUGGACCGCACACCGAGACUCGUAUUAUCCUUUGUGGAGUUAAACUCGUCAUCUUUAUCAAGUGUCAAAACCAAUCCAUUGUCUGCACUACUUAAACCUUCUGAAGAAAUGCUGCUCCGAUAAGUACUUUAGAUUGACGGUCCACUAAUGUGAGUUUUACUCAUAACACAAUCACAUUGUACAGUUCUGCUAAUAUGCUAGAGAGGAUGUCAACGUUUUUGCAUUCCCUUAUAUCUUUGAAAGAAAUUCAUGGUCCAACAUUAACACUCGCCAAGCCACAGAUUCAAGUACAAAUUGGUUAAUUUAACCAGUUGGCCGGAAACUCUAUUGGUAACUAUAACAUUACAUGUUUUAGUUGAAUUGUAAGAAUGGUAAUCUGACCUUUCGCUGCUUUAAAUGAUCAAUUUAAAUGACAGACAUACGAAAUGUCUAUUGAACGGUCUAUUGGGUUGGAAAGAUUUCUUUAAGUUUGAAAAGUCUUGAAUGCUCACCAAGGCUGCAUGUAUUUGAUUAAAAAUGGGAAACAGUAAUAUUGUGAAAUAUUAUUAUAAUUCAAAAUAACUCUUUUCUUUUUUUAAAUGUAAUUUAUUGAUCGCAAAGCUGAAUUAUCAGCAGCCAGUGUUCAGGAUCACAUGAUCCUUCAGAAAUCAUUAUAAAUUGCUGAUUUGUUGCUCAAGUAACAUUUCUUAUUAUUAUCAAUGUUGUGCUGC